AUGUCGAGGAAUUUGUUAAUAUUCAGAGAAGUUGAGAAGGAAUUCAAUUUGAUUGGGAAUGAAAAGACAACUGUCUCGAAGGCCAACAAAACAAUCCAAAAGAUGGAAUAUAUGAAUUAUAAAAAGUGGAUUCUUUUUUGAUAUUU